AUGUCAGGGAUAUCUCCCCCUGGAGCUCAUCAUGAGAAUUUCACAGCAUGGGCAAAACAGCAAGGAGUCCAGGUCAACGGCGUGGGGCCAGCAAGCAUCUCCGGGCAUGGGUUGGGAAUCGUCGCGCAGCGCAGAAUUGAGGCUGGUGAAGUGCUUUGCGACGUGCCGGCUUCUGUGCUUUUGACCAUCAAUACGAUCCCGGAGAGUUUCAGACAACUGCAUAAAGAAAUCACUGUCCAUGGUCUUCUGGCUUCUUUCCUUGCGUUCGGUGGUCCUGAUACAUCUCGUUAUUCUCAUUGGAAGAAAUCAUGGCCUUCAAUGCAAGAUUUUCAAGAGUCAAUGCCAAUUCUUUGGCCAUCCUUCAUGAGAGAAACUCUUGACAAUGAUGGAAACCCAAACUACACGCUUGGGCGCCGCGAAUAUCCGGCGUUCAUUCUCCCGCCUGCUGUUGCAGGUCGAUGGGCCCACUAUCAAAUGCGUGAAUUCUGGAAAAUCAGGGAUACAGCCCCUAUGUAUCGACAAGAGAAGAAACUCAAAGCGGACUGGAACGUUGUCUCCAAACUUUUUCCGGACAAAACUUUAUCGGAAUACACCUACUAUUGGCUCAUUGUCAAUACGCGAAGUUUCUAUUUCGAAGUAUCAGGCAUGAAGGCUACACAGAAUCAUGACGAUCGCAUGGUCUUAUGUCCUUUCGUUGACUACUUCAACCACAACGAUCACGGGUGCGGUGUGUAUUUCAGUGUGAAGGGCUAUACGGUCACUAGCGACCGCACCUAUGAUAUUGGCGAACAGAUCUUCACGUCUUACGGAAGUCAUAGCAAUGAUUUCCUGCUCUGCGAAUAUGGCUUCAUUCUGGAGAAUAAUAGACAUGAUUGCUUACCGCUCGAUGACUUCUUUUCCGGAACGCAAAUCAAUGGAUAUCUGAAGAACAGCCUCGAGAAAGCUGGGUACUUGGGGACUUAUACUCUUGAUAGCGACGGCGUCUGUUUUCGAACUCAAGUUGCGAUACGAAGGCAGGCGCUGAACACCUAUCACUGGAACAAGUUUGUGGCGGGUGUCGACUCUGAGGAUGAAAAAAGUAGGGUCGCUGCAGCGACAUUACUGCAGAAUCGCGUGUUGCUACCCUACGAGGCAGAGGCAGAGGAAGCAUUGCAACGCUUGGAGAAGACUGGCGACGCAAUACCACCAGGCGCGAAGGAUACGCUGAUUAAUAGAUGGAAGCAGAUAAGAGACAUGAUACAGCAGGCUUUGCUGAUCCACGGAGGUCGGAGAGCAUGA